AUGGGCAACGGAAUGGCAGCCGCCAGAAAGCAGAAGAUAUGGAUGGAAGAGAUUCCGUUCUGGACCGAUAUCUACCGAAGAUUGCAACGUGGCGACAAGGCCUACGCAGUGGAGCUCAGGGCGUUCCUCACACCGAUGGCCAAGUGUCCAGCUAGCGUUAUUGAAGAGCUUAGCGAGCUUGUGGACGAAGACGAAAAAAGCUGGCUCACGCUCGAACAGUUCCUGCUCAUCACAACCUCUGGCCAUCCAUCCACCGUAAGACAGAAGAGAUUUCAUAGGGUCGUCACAGCCGCCGCCAACGUCUACGCAGGCAAACUACAGCGGGCGAGGGCGGUGCGAUGCGCCAUGAUUGACUAUCCGCUCUUUGUACUUCAGGUUCUCUUCUUCAUCCUCAUAACGGUAACGCAGAUCGUCACGUACUUCCAGUACCUGUACCGCUGCUGUCCGACCAGUACCAAGGAACUCGAAGAGUACAUGCGCUUCAACGACAAGCUCGUCCUCGUGAUGGAGCGCAAACGCGAGUUCUGGCGCAACGUGUCGUUCGUUCUCGUCAGCUUCAACGGCCUGUCGCUGGCGGCCAGCGCGGUGAUCCAGAUGCUGGUCUGCCUGCCCAUCAGCUUCCUGCACAGUCCCUGGAAGAUACCGUUCAUAUACGCGGCAGGAGCCUUCACUGCCGCUCAGAUCACUUACAUAUGCCGCUAUGGCUUCACUAUGGGUGCCUCAGCGGCCAUCUACGCUGUACUUUGGGCGCACGUGGUCGAUGUCCUGGUCAACCGCUCCCAAUUUGGCAGCGUGGCCGGACGCGUCAUCGUGGUCUUCAUUUACACAGCUGCCGACGCGGCUCAGGCGUACUUCCUGAAUCGCAUUCCGAGUGUAGGCACUCUUCCGCACCUUAUUGGUGUGGCGAUCGGGUGCACAAUGGGUGUUGUGAUUCUGCGCAAGAACCGAGAGCUCGACAAGCUUCUGCUUACUGACCCACUCUUCGAGCAAUUACCACCACGCCCUCUUGUUAAGCACCACUCCAAUAUUGAUGAAGCGGUGUGA